AUUUUCUUCAUUAAAAUUUAUUUAAAUUGUCAGAAUAUCAACAUAAUUUUCAUGAACUUUACAUAACCAACAGAAAUUAAUGUAUCAAUGUCCUCUUAAGUGAUAAUUUUGAUUUCUUAGGCAUUUUCUUGAAGGCUUACUUCCCGAUUGUAAAACUGAAAAUAUAUUCAUUAAAAUAGAAUAAAUAGCCAUAAAAGAUGAAAACUUCAAAAUAAACUAUUUAAGUAACACAUUUCCAACCCUAAGUUGUAUUUAAAUCAACAUAUAAAGUGUAAACCAAAUCAUCUUUCUAGAUUGUAAAUUUGAGAAUCAAUUUAUAUAGCUUUUUAAUAAGCAUAAAUUUCAAACAAUGAAAUUUUAUCCAAGAAUAAGGAUUAUUCUAUUUCUUGUCUGGCAUGUAACAUUAGCAUUAAUUUUUGUAUAAUAAAUGGAAUUCUUAAUUUUUAUAAUAAUUAUUGGGAUAGGACAUAAGGCUUAUGAAUUUGAUUUAUUUUAUUCAAAAAAGAGAAGAUAUAAAAAAGACAAGAAUAAGUAAAAUAUUGGACUCAUUCAUAAGUCCUUAAAAGAGCCUCACACAGAUUUAAAUACAAAAGAAGAUCAGUAAUGUUUUAAUGAAUAACAAAAUCUAAUUUGA